AGUACGUAUUCUCCCUUCCGAGUUUAGAGUUUCUAUUUCCAUCAAAACCACAAAACAAUAACAAGAAAAAUAGAGUCUUAAGGUCUACAAUUAUGUUUCUGCAACUCCUAUUAUUGUUGCAGCUCUCAUGGAUAAUCCUAACAUCAGCAGCAACUGUAUUGCCGCAGUCGAAGCCUGGAUGUGAAUCCAAAUGCGGUGACUUCACAAUUCCAUACCCCUUUGGUAUAGGUCCCAGCGAGAAUGGGUGUUCCUUCACUAGAGACGGAUUACAGCUCUACAACAUCACAUGCGAUACAUCUUUCAACCCUCCCAAACCGUUCUUAUGGCUUGGCCUAAACUUAACUUCAGGUAAACGUUAUAUGUUUGAACUUACAAGUAUAUCCGAAACCGAAUUACGUGUUGAGAGAUCACCAUCCACGAUAUGUUAUGAUUACAAAACUGGUAAUGUUACCUUAGAUGCAUCCUACAUUUCUCCUUAUUUUUUGAGUACAAGAAAUACCCCAUUUACAGUUUCAUCAACCAAGAACAAAUUAUUUGGGAUUGGUUGUUAUUCCAUGGCGUACAUUCUUGAUCCAAAUCUUAACUUCACUACAAAUUGUGUCACGAAAUGUGAUACUAAGGAAAAUGUUGUAGAUGGUUCUUGUUCUGGAAGUGGGUGUUGUCAAGUAUCCUUACCUAAAGGUAUCAAGAGGUUCCUAAUCUAUGCUGAUUCAAUGAACUCAACGAAGGAGAGUUUAUCCUUCAAUCCUUGUAGUUAUUCAUUCAUAGGUGAGUUUGAUAAGUACACAUUCAGUGCUUCAGAUUUAGUAGGUUCAGAUUUCCGCACCAAAGGGAGAGAUAUACCAAUUGUGCUUGAUUGGGCUAUUGGUAACAAGACGUGCGAAGAAGCUCAAAAAGAUACGUCUACUUUUGCCUGCCAAAAAAAUAGUAACUGUAGCAAUUCAGACAAGGUUCCCGGAUAUCUUUGCACUUGCAACACAGGGUUCAUGGGGAAUCCAUAUCUAAGCCCUGGAUGCCAAGAUGUGAAUGAGUGUGAGGAUCAAGACAACAAUCCUUGUGCAGGAAUAUGCACAAAUACAAUAGGAAGCUACAAUUGUAGUUGUCCAGAGGACCACCACGGAGAUGGGAGGAAAGUUGGAACCGGUUGCAUUCGCAAAAACAAGGAAUUUCCUAUACUAAAAGUCACUCUUGGUAUUGGCUUGGGGUUCUUAUUUUUGAUUGUUGGUAGCUCUUUGUUAUACUUGAGCAUCAAAAGAAGAAAACUAAACGAACUCAAAGAGAAAUUCUUUCAACAAAAUGGUGGUUUACUAUUAAAACAACAACUAUCGUCGUAUGAAGGUGGUGCGGAGGCUACAAGAAUAUUUACAGCUGAAGAAUUAAAAGUGGCUACAGGUAAUUACAGUGAUAAACUGAUCCUCGGUAGAGGAGGUUUUGGAACGGUCUAUUUGGGAACUUUACCUGAUAAAAGUUUAGUUGCCAUUAAAAAGUCGAAGGUAAUUGAUGAGACCCAAAUUGAACAGUUCAUCAAUGAGCUUGUUAUUUUGGCUCAGGUUAACCAUCGAAAUGUGGUGAAGGUCUUGGGGUGCUGCUUAGAAACUGAAGUUCCCUUACUUGUCUACGAGUACAUUUCGAAUGGCACCCUCUUCCAACAUAUUCACAACAAGGCGGAUGGCAAGUCAUCUUCAGCUUCUCUUUCUUGGAAGAGCCGUUUGAGAAUUGCAACCGAAAGUGCAGGAGCACUUGCAUAUCUGCACUCAGCGGCUUCUCCACCCAUCAUUCAUAGGGAUAUUAAGUCCGGCAAUAUACUAUUGGAUGAAAAUUACACAGCUAAAGUAUCAGAUUUUGGAGCAUCGAGGUUGAAUACAUUAGGCCAAACCCAAAUAGACACUCUAGUGCAGGGAACGUUAGGGUAUUUAGAUCCAGAAUAUUUUCAUACUAGUCAGUUGACCGAUAAAAGUGAUGUCUAUAGUUUUGGUGUAGUUCUUGUGGAACUUUUAACCGGAGAAAAACCCCUUUCUCCUGAUCGACCCCAGGAACAAAGAAGUCUAGCUUCGUUUUUCAUUUAUGCAAUGGAAAGAAAUGAUAUCUUCAAGCUUGUUGAACCUCGGGUAGCUAAUGAAGGAAGCCGCGAGCAUGUCGUUGCAGUUGCCGAGCUCGCGAGGAGAUGUCUCUACACGGAGGGUGAAUAUAGACCCACAAUGAAACAAGUAGCUGCGGAGCUCGAAAGCUUGAGUAAAUCGGAGACGCGGCCGUCUGGAGCUCAUAAUCAACAGAGCCCUAAAAAGAAGUCCAGCGUAUUUAUUGACGAGCCAACGGACCUCUAUUCUGUUCCAAUAAGCUCGUACACCUCCGGUGAUUCUGGUCUGUGCAGUAUUGAGAAUUCUGAUCAGUACAGUAUAGAGAAAGAUGUGAUGAUGCCAAUGAACAUGCCCCGGUAAUACUGCACAAAAUUUUCUUUUAAUUGAUUGUAUGCUAUCAUUGGUAAGAUGCAAUAGCUGGCUUACCUUCUUCAUCAUUGGCCUACUUGGGUUAGAGUGUAUAAGUAUUGUUUGUGUUUUUCCUUUUUCUUUUCCUUUUUUGUAUGCUUCUCGGGAAUAAGCUCUCCCGAUUUUAGUAAUAUGUUCAAACGUCAAAUGAUUGUACCA